AUGGCUUUCCUUCGGGGGAUCGGGAACGCGCUGAGGAGAUCAGUCACACAAGGAUCGGGAUCCGCCAAUGACGCGCUCGCCGCCUUCCACGCGCCGCAGCCGCACUUAUCGCUGCUCCCCGCCGCCAUGUCGCAAGCCGUGCGGUUCAUGUCCGGCAACAAGCUCUUCAUCGGAGGGCUCGCGUGGGAGGCAGACGAGAAGGUCCUAGAGGACGCCUUUUCUCCCUUCGGAACCGUCGAAGAAGCCAAGGUGAUCAGGGAUCGGUUCACGGGUCGGUCGCGCGGGUUCGGGUUCGUAAGCUUCGCGAAUGACGAGGAGGCUGCCAGCGCGCUCGAGGGCGUCAACGGCAAGGAGCUGAGUGGAAGGACAGUGCGUGUUGACUAUGCGUCCAACAGGACAGAGGGCGGCGCCAUGCGCGUAGUCCUCGUCUCGCCGCCAAUUCUUCCUCCACCGUACCGCUGCGCUCAUCCCAUACAUCGUCCCCUCUCUUCCUCUUCACCCUUUCACUGUCCUGCACCUCCUCCCUUUGUCGUCGUUGGUUAUCCACCCUCCUUUCCCUCGGUUCUUCUCCCUUUCCCUGCCGCAAGUUCUCCCUCCCUGCGACGUCGCACACGUCGCACGCGUCGCAUGGGCUGCGAUGAUUCGCGUCGUAGCCAGGAGUCGCCCGACGUCGCAGCGGCCGCGAGGGGCGAGGGAGCGGCGAAGCAGGGCGGGGAGCAGCGGCGGCAAAAGCUAUGGGAGAUGUACGAUCGGAUGCGGGACAAGCUGUUUACUGAUGUGCCUGAGAUGAGUGUGACUGACCUGCACCAGCUGCUGCUGGCGCAGCAGGCAGCAGGUGGGGGAGAGGGAUUGGGGACGAGUGGCGAAUCGGAUAAGGGAGGGACUGGGGGGAAAGUGGGGAGAGGGGAAGUGGGGGGAGAGGGUGUGAGUGGAGAGGGAGGAGGGGAAGUGGUGGGAGGGGGAGGGAUUGGGCGGGGCGGGCGGCGGGUAGUGGUGGUGGACACACGCACAGACGAGGAGACAGCAGUAUCAAUGAUUCCGGGCGGCACACUGAAGCAGAGCGACUUUGAGCGGCAGGUGGGACGAUUUAACGAUCAUCACGUCGUGUGCUACUGGUGA